AUGUCUGAUUCAUUCAAUACAUAUGAAAAUGAUUUUCAAUUAGCUUUGCAAGAAGCUAAAAGUAAAAUUGCACAAAUAGAAUCCGUAGAGGGAGAACAACGAAAAACGUAUUUAAAAUCAAUUGAAGCAGCUAAUGAUGAAGCAUUAGAAGUAUUAGAUCAAAUGAGUAUAGAAGUACAAAAUCUCCCAAGUAAUCAAAGAUCAUCAUAUAAUACAAAGAUUCGUCAAUACAAGCAACAAAUAGAUGAAACUAAAAAGAAAUAUAAUCAAUUAUCAGAUUCUCAAGAUAAACAUGAUUUAUUUGGAUCCAGGUAUAGAGAUGAAGAAGAAAAUAUAGGAGAUUCACAAAGAAAACAAUUAUUAAAUAAUCAUUCAUCAUUAGAAAGAUCAUCACAAAGAUUACAAGAUAGUCAAAGAAUAGCAUUAGAAACUGAAAGUAUUGGUGGUAAUAUUUUAAAUGAUUUAAGAUCUCAAAGAGAACAAAUUUCUGGUGCAAGAAAUACUUUAAUGCAAGCUGAUUCUUAUGUUGAUAAAAGUAUACAAACUUUGAAAAGUAUGGGAAGAAGAUUAACUGCUAAUAAAUAUAUAAGUUAUGGUAUUAUUGGUGUUUUAAUCUUAUUAAUAUUUUUAGUUCUUUUUAGUAAAUUUAGAUAA